ACUCAAGUAAAGUCACUGGAAGUGGUGGAGGAAGAAGGGGGCAAUAGAGAGAAAAGAAAAAUGGUUUUGUGGAAGAGAAAGCAAUGAAAAAAACAGAGCAGGAGGGAACAGAUGGAAACAAAAUCACACCAUCUAACUGCUAGGUCAGUGGGAAUAUGUCUCCACUGGCAGCUGCAGGAUCAUGUUCUUCCUGAAGCAACACAGAACCUUGUGUGCACCUUCAAAGACCAUUAAAUGCAUUGUGGCUUGAGGUUUCACGGACUAGAGUUGUGGUUUUAGCUGCAAGAGAUACGGAUAGGAAAACAGGAAGCUGCAUUGUAAAGGCAUGGUGCUGAUGUGGGCCUGAAAGCGUGGCACCACCCUCAGCCAACGGCCCAGCAGUGUCUGUCAGUGCUCUUGUUUCCCAUUUGGCUGGCUUUGCUUGGACCCAACUUGCAUUCGUUUCAAAACUGCCAGCCUCAGGCGUGGGAUCGUCCAGAAAGCAGGUGCGAGCUGGCACAUGGUGAUGCCAGGAGCCAGUUCAAGAUUCCCGAGGCGUUCGGUUAGAUUGCCCGAGACAGGAUGUUUGCAUCGCUCCAUCCGUCUCCCGUCAUUCCCAUGGCAACUGAGCGAUGUGCAGACAGCGUCUGCAAAAGCCGGCAUGAAGGAGGGCAAAAGUUAAGCUGCCCGUUUAGAAAAAACACACACUUAUACCAGGAUGAGCCUCUUUUGCAAUAAGCUUGCCAGCCUCUCCUUUUGUUCCCUUGUCAGAUCAUGCAAAAGCAAUCCCCGGCUUGAUUUGGUCACCAAGAGCUGGGGUGGUCCAUUUAAACCCUGCUUCUCACAGCUGUUGCCAUUUCACACACUCCUGCCAUUCCCUCUGCUAUAGCCUGGCAUGCCGGGGCUCCCGAAAGAGACCAAGAUGAGCAAACCAGCCCAUCGAGGAGCCUUGCAGGCGUGGGGGAAAUGGCUGCUUCUCCUGAAUGCUGCUGUCCCUGCAGUCUCCACCAUGCAGACAGUGAGCGUGGUCGAUUUCUGUGGCCAGACCCUGCACGGGGAUGGGAUGGUGUUGACGUCCCACCGAGACUCCCGCCGUUACUACUUUGUAGUGGCCAGCACCGACUGCCAGCUGACCAUGCAAGCGGCAACCCCCAAAGACAAGGUCCAGUUCCAGUUCCGCUUCUUCCUGGUGUACAGCAUGGUGCGCUCGCCUUCCAGCACGCUGGCCAGCAGGGCCAGCAACGACCACCCCACUCUGGCCCUUCCCAAGUCCAGGAGGGAACGGGAGACCCCUGACCCUUGCACAGCAGGCUCCUACGUUCAAUUCUACGAUGGCCAAAACCACACCGCCAAGCCCCUGGGAAUGCCGCUGUGCGGGAAGAACAUCCCAAGGCCCGUCAUCUCCACCAGCAACUUCCUCACCUUGAGACUCGUGACUCGGGGCCAGCAACCUCGUGUUGACUUUGUCGGUGACUUCACCUCCAUUCGAACUGGCUUGAACGCUUCGGCCUGCAGCACAGAGUCGUAUUUUCCCUGCCACAAUGGCAAGUGCAUCCCUCCCAGCCUAGUCUGCGAUGGCGGCAGCGUCGAUAACUGUGGGGAUGGUACAGACCAGGCUGCCCAGGCCCCGGCCUGGUGCAAAGGCUCACCCACGCUCCUGCCGCCCUUGAAUAAUGCCGAUGCCUCUUCUGCAGUUAACGCCCUGCCAAGUCAGGUGACCUGCGCAGGACCCCAGGAAAGCCAGCUCCUGCCCCCAGGCACUGCCACCUGGGACAAAACAGACAAACGCAAACCUAUCCUUGCUUCGCUGGCUGCCAUCCUGGGCGCUGCCUUCGUGUUCUGGUGCUGCUGGAAUCCAGGCUGGUUCAUCUGGAGGAUGGGCGCCUGCAGGUACCUGCCCGGUUGCAAUUCCGUCUGCGCUGCCUGCCACCUCUGCCCACGCAGCUGCACCCACCGGAAGCCGCCCAAGGUCACCCCACAUGGAAGCACCGAGCCACCCGUGUGACUCCUAGAUGGGGGGCAGGGUCACAGGCCCUUAGUUUUAGAAGAGCAUGGGCCAGAAGGGGUGCAGCUGGCAGCAGAGGCAUCAUGGGGCUAAGCCAGGGGCAGGCAACCUAAGGCCCAGGGGCCAGAUGCAGCCCCAUCGCCUUCUAAAUCUGGCCCGCGGAUGGUCCAGGAACCAGCGUGUUUUUACAUGAGUAGAAUGUGCCCUUUUGUUUAAAAUGCAUCUCUGGGUUAUUUGUGGGGCCUGCCUGGUGUUUUUACAUGAGUACAGUGGUACUUCGGGUUAAGACCUUAAUUCGUUCUGGAGGUCUGUUCUUAACCUGAAACUGUUCUUAACCUGAAGCACCACUUUAGCUAAUGGGCCCUCCCGCUGCCGCCGCACGAUUUCUGUUCUCAUCCUGAAGCAAAGUUCUUAACCCGAGGUAAUAUUUCUGGGUUAGUGGAGUCUGUAACCUGAAGCAUCUGUAACCUGAAGCAUAUGUAACCCGGGGUACCACUGCAGAAUGUUUCCUUUUAUUUAAAAUGCAUCUCUGGGUUAUUUGUGGGGCAUAGGAAUUCGUACUUCUUUCUUCCCCCAAAAAAAUAUAGUCCGGCCCCUCACAUGGUCUGAGGGACGGUGGACCGGCCCACGGCUGAAAAAGUUUGCUGACCCCUGGGCUAAUCAGACAGAUGUAUACUGGCUGAUCUCCCACAAGGUGGCAGGAGAUGCCUGCUUCUUUCCUCAGUGGGCUCAAACUAAGGCACUUGGCACCAGGCCUUGAGAUACGCUCACAUCCACACCAUGCAUUUAAGAACAAAAGAAUAGCCU